AUGCCUAGCAAAUUAAGGAAGGCUAUCGGUGCUGUGAAAGACAAAACCAGCAUUAGCCUUGCCAAGGUUUCUAGCUCCAAUGCAUCAAACCUCGAAGUCUUAAUUCUUAAGGCCACCAGACAUGAUGAAGUCCCAGUUGAUGAACGUUACGUUAACGAAGUGCUCAGCCUGAUCUCCUCCAAUAAAGUCUAUGCAGCAGUCUGUGCCCAAGCUAUUGCCAAGAGGAUUGGCAAGACACGAAAUUGGAUCGUUGCUCUUAAGUCUCUUAUGCUUGUUCUCCGAAUUUUCCAAGAUGGUGAUCCUUACUUCCCCAAAGAGGUCCUUGUUGCAAUGAAGCGUGGAGCCAAGAUUCUCAAUAUUUCAAGCUUUCGAGACGACUCCAAAUCAAAACCCUGGGACUACACUGCCUUUGUUCGAACAUUUGCUCUAUAUCUUGACGAGCGGUUGGAUUGCUUCCUCACCGGUAAACUUCAAAGAAGAUUUACAAACCGAGAGCGGGAAAAUAGCCAUCCAAGAAGCAGACGCGGCAACGAUUCAGUUUCUGAAAUGAAGCCGGCAAUGUUGCUCGAAAAGCUCUCCUACUGGCAAAAAUUGCUUGAUAGAGCAGUUGCAACUAGACCAACGGGUGCAGCUAAGACAAACAGAUUGGUGCAGAUUUCUUUGUAUGCAAUCGUGCAAGAGAGUUUUGAUCUCUAUCGUGAUAUUUCCGAUGGACUUGCGUUUCUUCUAGAUAGUUUCUUUCAGUUACAACCACAGUAUUGUGUCAAUGCCUUCCAAACUUGUGUCAUGGCCUCAAAACAAUUUGAAGCGCUAUGCUCCUUUUAUGAUUUGUGUAAAAGCCUUGGGGUUGGACGAACUUCUGAGUACCCAAGUGUGCAGACGAUAUCACAAGAGCUUUUAGAAACAUUACAAGAAUUCUUAAGAGAUCAGUCUUCCUUCCCUACAAAUGGUAGAUCGCCAGCACAUUUGCUUCUUCCAUCACCACCGAACAACGAUGCUUCUUCAAGCACUGAUAGGUAUGGCGGGUGGGAAGAAUCUUCAGAGAAAGGAUCUGAAUUUGGCUCCCAAUGCACCUCACUGGAGGAUCUCAUGAGUGCAACGGAUAUGGGAACGAGCCCAUCGAUGUCCACGGAUCACUAUUUGGAGCAGUUUGAGAUACGAUCUCAGACUGAAGAUAUCCUUAGCACUGCUGAUUCUAGCUCGAUUCAUUCACCAGCCAUUGAUCAAGGAGCAAUAAGUGCGACAAAUAGUGUUUUUGAUCUCGUAUCUUUGGAUGGCUGGCCACCAGAAGAGCAAGAGCAAGAGCAAGAACAAGAAUCAGAACCAGAACCAGGUCAGCGAACCUCAGCAUUGGACUCCAACACUGGUCUAAGCGAUUGUUGGGAGGCUGUCCUAGCAGAGACAGCAAACCAGUCAAUGCAAGCAUCACCGGAUCCAACCAUUGGAUUUGAGCCCAACGCCGUGAGCAAUUUCUUUGAUCAUGGUUCAGCUCAUGUAGACAGUGGAUUUGAGCCCCCCAUCGUGGACAAUAUCAUUGAUCAAGCUUCACUGCCAGAUCACCAAUACAAUCCAUUUUUACAAGAUACAACUGAAAUACCAGCAACUGUUGCCACCACAGACAGCCAAUCAAUAUGUCCAGUCAAUGAGAUGUUUUCAGUCGCCCCUACAUUUCGGGCUACCCCAACCUUCAGCGAGCAAAAUCCUGAUACAGCGGCAGGAUUGCACAAUCAAGACGAUCCGUUUGCACCAUGCCUUGCUACAAUGGCUGCUGGACAUGUAUCUAAUGUUUCCAUGGAUCAACAAAGUCUGUUGCAACAGCAACAACUCUGGCUGCAGAACCAGGACAAGAUCAUAGCAAAGAAUAUGUCUUGA